AAAAUAACCAAAAAGUUACUCUCAUUUUAUUUAUUAAAUUACGGUAAAAUAUCGAUAUCCUUAAUUACUAAGAUUUUGAUUUUGAAAUAGUGUUGUCGUUCUCGGUCCAAAUUUCAAAUUUUGACCUGAAGUCUCUUGUUUUUCUGAUAGAUUCUCUAGUUCUUGUCCUUUUUAACAGACGCUUAGGCCUCUCUCUUGCAGGUUAAUGCACUGUCUUCACCAUUUUCAUUUUUUGAAAAACUUUCCUCCUAAAAUAAAAUAAAAUAUAUUAAUAUUAAAUAUUUUCUCAAAAUUCAUUUAAAAGGCAAAUUUGAGAUCCUUCUUCUUCACAUUAACUUCAGUGUCUCUUCUUCUUCUUCUGUUAACAAUGGCGUCAAUGCCAUUGUACUGGCAACCACCACCAGCUACAGAGGUUUCACAAGACUCAUCCUCCGUCUCCUCCGCUGGAAAUUCCACCAUUGGUCCUUUUAUCGCCGUCUUUAUCGUUGUCACCGUUCUUUGUGUUCUCGCUAGUGUUAUUGGACGGCUUUGCUCCGGCAAAACCAUCUUAGGGUAUGGAGAUUACGAUAUGGAGAGAUGGGCUGAGAGUAGAUGUGGUUCUUGUAUCGACGGUCACAUUCAUCCUCACCGGCCGUCUCCGUCGCCUACGCCUCCACCUCGUCAGCCUUUGCACCACACUUCCUCCGGCGUCUCCGCUGAAUCUGAAGGACACGUGGCAGAUCUAGAUCAUGAGACUGAUGGAGAGAAACAAGACUCUUUAGACCAUGAGCCUCCACAACAAACACCAUCAUCAGCUCAUUCUUGAUUAGUUUUUCUCUUUUGAUUCUUUUUUUUUUUGGUUGUGUUGGUUAAAAGUUAACCAAUGUAAUUGAAGAUUUCACUAGUUCGAUCCCAAAGCGGUCAAAGUUAUUGAAAAUGGCGCUCUAGAUUUUGUUUUUUGCUUUUUGCACUUUUUAUCUUUUAGUAUUUGAUUUCUUUCAUGAACUAGUGGUUUAUACCGAAGAUAUAUAAAAGAAAAUUCAGAGGAUAAAAGUAAUGAAGGGACGUAUAUAAAGAGAAUAAUACAGGGCUUGCUUAAAGUGCU